CUUCCUUUUUCGCGGAAUUUUAGAAGUCGUCUGAAGUUCAUGGUGCCUCAACCCCGCACCCCGUAGUUUAAAUGCGCUUGCGGAGUCGUCCGCGACCUGUUGGGAUGUCUACCAAAUGAGGAAGUUUCCCCAGCCAAAUGACUUAGCGUCAUGCGCUGUCCCUCGCUUUCGUACUUGAAAUGGCGGGCGGAGUCACCGCUUCCACCACCUUGGUAGCCCAAUAUAAGGUGGUGACAUCCCAAAUUUUGACGACGAUGUUCCAACGCCACAUCUCACCUUGAGCCUCUCAAUCAACAGCCAACUAUACAGUGGCCAAGAUGGUGCCACCAAUUCGUACGCAAAAGGACGAUAGGGCUAUUGCCUUCGCCAAGACCCUCGAGCAUGUGCCCUGGUGCGACGACUACGAGAAGAUGGUCUCUGGCAUGCUUUACAGUUGCAUGGCGCCUGAACUGGUAGCAUCAAGACACCGUGCCCGUCGACUGGCUCAGAAAUUCAACACCUACGUUCCAGGAGACGACGAAUCUGCAGACGACGUCGCCAACAAGAGAGUGGGCAUGAUCAAGGAGCUUUUCGGCGGUAUUGGAAAAGAUGUCUAUGUCGAGCCUAGCUUGCAAGUUGAUUAUGGCUGCAACAUCACGGUCGGAGAUCGCUUCUAUGCCAACUUCAACUGCGUCAUUCUCGACUGUGCUCAUGUGACCAUUGGGAACAAUGUAUUCUUUGCCACAGGAGUCAGUCUCAUCACAGCAACCCACGAGACUGCCUUGCAGUCCAGGAGAGAUAACGUCGAGUACGCAGAGCCCAUCACCAUUGGAGAUGACUGCUGGAUCGGAGCGAAUGUCACAGUGUUACCGGGAAUCAACAUUGGCAAGGGGUGCACGAUUGGUGCCGGUGCGCUUGUGAACAGAGAUAUUCCAGAGUACUCAGUUGCCGUUGGCGUUCCGGCCAAGGUUGUCAAGAAGGUAGAACCAGUUGCUUAGACAAAUUUCGGAAAAUAAAAAAUACAAUCUGGC